CCAGGGGAGGCGGAGGAGGCGCAGCGCAAGGCGGGGGGGACGUGCGGGCGCGUGGUGUGCUGCUCGCUGUGCGUGCUGCUGCUGCUGCUCGCCGUCGCCGUCGCCGCCUCCGUCUCCGCCUUCGUGCUGUACCAGCCCAGGGCGCCAGAGUUCUCAGUGGGGGGCAUCGCCAUCACACAACUCGCACUCACACCGCUGCUGCCGCCCUCCCAGCCGGUUCAGCCAUCACUGCUGCCUGCCGCCGCCCCCUCCUCCUUGCCCUCUCCCACUCUUCCAAUCCCUGGAAACGUUCCCCUCCCUGGCAACAUGAAUCUGCCCGACAACGUCCCUCUCCCUGCAAACAUGUCCCUCCCUGGCAACAUGUCUCUGCCGUCCUUGACUGCCCCGCUGCCCGCCAACCUCACACUCAACACCGCUCAGGUCGCUGCUGCCGUCAAAGCUGCCGCCGCUGCUACCACCCUCCCUGCCAACUCCACCCGCCCCGCCUCCCCUGCUGCUGCUGCCGCCGCUGCCGCCACCUCUAAAUACCUCUCCCCGCUCGCCUCAUCCCCGUUAUUAACAUCUCCACUUCUUGCCAACGCGAACAUCACGAUCCACGCGCCGAGCAGCAUGACUCUAUUGGGCCUGCUGGCAGCGCGGGAGGCGGAGCUGGAUGCAGAGCUGACUGUGACGGUGGUGGCGGGCAACAGCAACCACGUGGGCAUCUCCUACGAGUACAUCUCCAUCACUGCUCGCCACCUCGGCACCGACGUCGGCAAUGCCUCGAUACCGGCGUUCCACCAGCCACCGCGCAGCAACACCACGGUGGAGGGCCACGUGCACCUCACCCGCCUGCCCCUGCACCUCCUGCCGCCACCCUCCUCCUCCUCCUCGCCCCUCUCCGCCUCAACGCUCUCCCGUGACGCCCUCUCUGCCCAAUCCACUCUGCCACUACAGCUGGCAAUAGAGGCGAGAGCCAACGUGGACGUUUAUAAUAUCGGAACUCCUUAUGUCACGGUCAAUCUACUGUGUGACAUGGAAGUCAACAUCGCACUGCAGCGUGUGGACAACACAACAUGUAGCCUAGAAAGCAUUCACUUAUAA